CGCUCAUCACUUGAAGAGUUUUUCCCCCCAAGAAGAUCAUCAUGGGACUCGCUCGUUGUUUGUCUCUUAUCAGUAGUGCGUCCAGAAGCGUUCGAAGAUUCAGUUCCCAGCCGAAGAUGUCCGCCGCCAAGCUGGUUCCCAUGGUUCGGCUGAACAACGGCCUCGAAAUGCCGGCUAUCGGCUUGGGCACCUCGAUGUCCAAAGGAGACGACUGCGUCGCGCUGGUCAAAGCAGGCAUCGACGCCGGCUUCCGCCAUAUUGACACGGCGUACUUUUACAAGAACGAGCGCGCAGUAGGCCGCGCGAUACGCGCCAAGAUCGAGGAGGGCGUCGUGCAGCGUGGCGAGCUGUUUGUGUGCACCAAGCUUUGGAACACUUUUCACCAUCCGGAUCAUGUGGCGUUGGCGUGCGAAAAAUCGCUGGAAAAUCUCGGGCUGGAUUACAUCGAUUCGUACCUUAUUCACAUGCCGUUUGGGUACAAAUUUAACGGUUGGGACGAGGAGAAGAUGAUGCCACUGGAUGCGGAGGGGAAGGUUCUGUUCUCGGACGAUGAUUACGUGGACACUUGGCGAGCAAUGGAGGCCCUCGUGGACAACGGGAAGGUCAAGAGCAUUGGCGUGUCGAACUUUAACAGCGAGCAAAUUGGGCGAAUUUUGAAGGAUUGCAGAAUAAAACCUACCAGCAAUCAGGUUGAGUGUAAUGCAAGAGUUAAUCAGAAAAAGUUGAUUGAUUUCUGUAAAAAGCUGGAUAUUGUGGUUACAGCUCAUAGUCCGCUGGGAAGACCACAUCUGUUUCAGAAAGAUCCGGAAAAUAAGCCAAGGCCAGUUUUGAAUGAACCAAAAAUUAUUGCAAUUGGCGAAAAGUACCGCAAAUCUCCAGUUCAAGUAAUUCUUAGAUAUUUGGUUGACAUUGGUGUGUUUCCGGUUCCGAAAUCAACCAAUGUCGAACAUUUGAAGCAAAAUUUGGAAAUUUUCGAUUUUCUACUUUCCAAAGAUGACAUCAAAGUAAUGGACGAGUUCAACACUGGCAAGAGAAUGGUUCACUUCAAGCGUUUGGUGGACCACGAGCACUAUCCUUUCCACAUUGAGUUUUAAUAAGUCAAUAAAAGCAAGUCA